CCAUUUGUGGCAUCGCAUCUAUGCGGCAGAGCUUGUUAUCAAGCUGAAUUCUAGACGCUCCUCACUAACGCCCAUCCAUCAUGAAUCAUCCGCUGGCACAUGAUUCAUUCUUGCUCAUCAAGACAUUUCAAUUUAUGAGAUAGGUAGCAAGGCGGGGAAGAGUCAGAAGACCUCCAACCAAGUACUAUACUCUCCACAAUUUCGUUCUCAUGUCUCCGCAACAGAAAGCUCUCAUUCUUCCCAAAAAGCAGGGCAACUUCGAGGUUGGCUCCCGCGGCAUCCCCAGUCCUGGUCCUGGGCAGCUCCUGGUCAAGAUUCAAUCCGCUGCCUUGAACCCGGUUGACUACAAGAUACAGGACAGUGGGAUGCUCGUGACCCAUUACCCUGCCGUUCUGGGCUCGGAUAUUGCUGGCGUUGUCGAGGAAUUGGGGGAAGGUGUUAAGAAUUUCCGCAGAGGCGAUAGAAUCUUGGCGCAUGGUAAUUUCGUUAAUGACCUUGCUGCGUUUCAGCAAUACACGCUGACCAUUGCGAUUUUUACUGCAAAGAUUCCUUCAAGUGUGUCUUUCGAUGACGCGGCUACCGUUCCUCUGGGGCUGGACACCGCAUUGGUGGGCUUGUACGGAAAAGAAAAUGGAGCCGGAAUAACCCCUCCUUGGACGAAAAGUGCCGGCGAUCACGAAUCAAAGAAACCGAUUGUUAUCCUUGGCGGCUCCUCUUCUGUUGGUUCAUACACUAUCCAACUCGCUCGUCUAUCAGGAUUCUACCCAAUCAUAACCACAGCCUCCCCUAGCAAUGAAGACCUUGUCAGGGACUUUGGCGCAACACACUUUUUCGACCGGAACCUUUCCGGCCAACAGCUGAAGGCAGCCAUCAGCAAAGCUACCGGCAGCCCUAUCAAAAUUGUUUAUGAUGCUAUCUCGCUGCCAGAAACACAGUCUGUUGGAUGGGAAUUGCUUGCGAAAAACGGCACCCUCGUACUAACCCAGUCUGCAUCGGUCAAGGAAGAUGAAGGCAAGGGGCGCAAGGUCAUCCAGACCUUCGGGAGCCCACAUAAUCCUCAAAAUAAAGAACUGUGCCGCAGCUCCUGGUCUAUGGUCGAAAAGUGGCUCUCAGAGGGUGAUAUUCAGCCGAACUAUCAUGAAGUCCUUCCGAACGGGCUUGAAGGUAUUAUUGGAGGGCUAGAAAGGAUGAAAAUGGGACAGGUAUCUGGAACGAAGUUGGUUGCGCACCCUCAGGAGACACAGUAA